CUUGCCAUUCCCACACACCUCUCUUUCUCUUCUCAUAACAAGAACAAGGUGAUUAGGUGGAGCAGAGGAGAUGAAGCAGCAAAGUGGAAUGAGGGGGUUGGGCUUGGGCCUGGGCCUGGGCCUGGGCCUGUUAGUGUUGAUGCUAUGCUUGUCGAGGAGCGCGGCGGAAGACUUGAGCUCGGAGUGUUCGAAGGUGGUGGAGAAGGUGAUACCGUGUCUGAACUUCGCGACGGGGAAGGAGGCGACGCCGAAGAAGGAUUGUUGCGAUGCGAUGGGGAGCAUGAAGGAGACGAACCCGGAGUGCUUGUGCUUCGUCAUUCAGGAGACUCACAAGGGAAGUCCUCAGGUCAAAAGCUUGGGCAUUCAAGAGGACAAGCUCCUUCAGCUCCCUUCUCUUUGUAACCUCAAAAACGCCACCGUUACUAACUGUCCUAAGCUUCUAGGGCUAUCUCCCAACUCCCCCGAUGCUGCUAUCUUCACAAAUUCGUCAAAGGCAACUCCAUCAUCAGCGACCCCACAAAGUAGUACCCCAAUGAGCCAGAAUGUUUCAUAUGGAAACAUGGUUAGACCUAGAAGCGUUACCCAUGUGAUGAUGGUGGCUUUGGCCAUUGUUGUGGUUGCAGUUCCAAGUGGAUUUGUGAGCAUAAUUUAUACAUGAUGACGAUGGGGGAGGUUGAAUGCUUCAUCUACCUUCAUUGAUGAAGCCGGUGUAGUCGUUUUGGACUUUGUAGCUUUGAAUUAAUGAAUUGGUUUGCAUAUGUUAUGUGGUCAGUGAUGGUUUCUCGAAUUUUGGGACCUGCCUAUAUCGUCGCAUUUAAUUUACUUUAUUGUGUGGACUUGUAUCUUUUUCAUCUUCCCACGAAUCAUAUUAAUAGCAGUUUGUUGAGAGUUGAGAAAUUAAUACACUUUAUUUCACUU